CAGAGGAGAGAAGCAUUGAGACACAAAGAGACUUCUCUUCUCAACCCAACCGAAACCCGACUCCUGACACCAUGGUUUGCUGUGCUCCCCUCUGCUGCAGCGUCCCCACCGGCCCUGCCACUACCAUCUGCUCCUCUGACAAAUUCUGCCGGUGUGGAGUCUGCCUGCCCAGCACCUGCCCUCACGAGAUCAGCCUCCUUCAACCCACCUGCUGCGACCUUAGCCGCCCACCUUGCUGUGAGCCUGACACCUACGUGCCAACUUGCUGGCUGCUCAACUCCAGAUACCCAACUCCUGGACUGAGUGGGAUCAACCUGACGACCUACGUUCAGCCUGGCUGUGACAAUUUCUGUCAGCCCUCCUGUUAAGGGGCCACGUCCUUGCACAGGUUCAGCGACGUGCUGCUCAACAUCCUACGGGGCAUCCGGCCUUCAACACUGGCUCCUACCUACAUCAGGCUAAAUCCAUCCCAAUUCCCAGGGCCGUGUUUUCAUGAAUUUGCCCAACUUCUUCUUUCUUUCCUCCUUUGGGGAGGGUUGGAGACCUUCUUUCUGUCUUUUAGGCUAUUUCACUGCUCUUUGAGAAAUAACCAUUUUGACUAUUCAUUAAUAAACUUCAUUCUGGCUUAGCAAAUA